GCCGUCGCCUUUGGUGGGCGGCCUCCGUUCCGGUUCCGGUCUGAGCCUGGAGGAAGAAAGCAGGGGGAGGGGGAGAGUCUGGUAAGGGGUCUCCCCCCCUCUUCGUCGCGGCUCCGAACCGGCGGCCAUGGAGUUCCCCGGGGGAAAUGAGAAUUACCUGGCUAUCACGGGAACGACCCACCCUUUCCUGUCGGGGGCUGAGACUUUCCACACGCCAAGUCUGGGGGACGAAGAGUUUGAGAUUCCACCCAUCGCCCUGGACGCCGACCCUUCCUUGGCUGUUUCUGAUGUGGUCGGGCACUUUGAGGACCUGGGUGACCCCGUGACUGCCCCCGAUGCCACCUUCUCGGCCCAAUAUGGGGUUCAGGCCCUUGACAUACCUGUGGGCAUUAGCCAUAGCCUUAUGGGGCAAGGGAGCGGGCUGCUGAGUGGUGGCCUAGCCAUGGAUUUGGAUCACCCCAUAGAAACCCAGUACAGCGCCAAUCCGCCUGUCACCAUUGAUGUGCCUAUGACAGACAUCAGCACUGGCCUCAUGGGGCAUGGGCAGCUGACCACCAUCGACCAAUCAGAGCUGAGCUCUCAGCUGGGGCUCAGCCUGGGAGGAAGUUCCAUCCUGCCCCCCGCGGCCCAGUCCCCCGAGGAGCGGCUUACACCCAUCUCCUCACCCUCCAAUUCUCUGCAGGAGGAGGAGCCAGAAGAAAUCAGGCGGCAAGUUUCCGUCGCCAAACCAGCCCCACCUGCUACGGUGGCACCCCCGCCAGUUGUAGCCCCCACGGUCGUGCUGGACAUUGGGAAGAAGCAGAAAGCGCCCAAGAAGCAGAAGAAAAAGAAGGACCCCAACGAGCCUCAGAAGCCCGUCUCCGCCUACGCCCUCUUCUUUCGGGACACCCAGGCGGCCAUUAAAGGGCAGAACCCCAAAGCCACCUUCGGCGAGGUCUCUAAGAUUGUGGCCUCGAUGUGGGACAGCUUGGGAGAGGAACAGAAGCAAGUGUACAAGCGGAAAACGGAAGCUGCCAAGAAAGAAUAUUUAAAAGCGCUAGCUGCCUAUCGGGACAACCAAGAGUGCCAAACCACGGUCGAGACGGUGGAGCUGGACCCAAUCGCCUCUCCUUCGGAGCAGCCGGCCCCCGUUGUGGAAUCGGCUUCUCCUCCAGCUCCGGUGCCACCCAACCCUCCGGCCUUGGAGAGUCCGCCUCCCCCACCACCUCCUGCUAUCGUCCCUGCCCAGCCCACGGUGGUGGUGACCUCCAGCGCCGGCCCCCAAUCGGCCGGCCAAACCAGCAUCACCAAGAUCAUCAUUCCCAAACAGAUGCUGCCAUCCUCGCUGGCGGUCACAUCGCAAGGAGGCGUGGUGACGGUCAUCCCCGCCACGAUGGUGACCUCGCGGGGCAUCCAGCUGGGGCAGCUGCAAGCUGGGACAGGAACCACCCAGAUCGUGACGCGUUCGGUUUUAGCCGCAGCCGCUGCGGCCGCCUCGUCCAUGCACCUGCCGCGGCUUCAGCCUCCCCCUCUUCAGCAGAUGCCUCAGCAGCCCCCCGCCCAGCCGGUCACCAUUCUCCAGCAGCCCCCUCCUCUUCAAGCCAUGCAGCAGCCUCCUCUGCAGCAGAAGGUGCGCCUCAACCUCCAGCAGCCCCCGCCCCCCCUGCAGAUCAAAAUCCUGCCCCCGCCGGCCCUUCAGAUCCAGCCCAUUCCUCUGCGGACAGAAGAAAGCAGCCCUGAGAGGACCAGCACUGAACUCCAAGCAUCGCCGGAGCCCAUCGAUGUCGUGCCGGAGGUGGAGUCUCCAACGCAAAUGCACGUGGAGCUAGUCUCCGAGUCACCGGUGGCCAUGUCACCCCGCCCUCGCUGCAUCCGUACGGGCUGCGACAACCCUCCCGUGGUCAACAGUGACUGGGACAACGAAUACUGUAGCAACGAAUGUGUGGUGAAACACUGCAGAGAUGUGUUCCUAGCUUGGCUGGCCUCCCGCAACUCCAACAACAAUGUCGUCUUUGUGAAAUAACACCCCGCCCCAUAUAAUAACAGUGCUGGGGAAGGAAACCAUUCGGUUUUGUAUUGCCGUGCCCAAAAGGACGACGACCCAAUCGAGAAGAAGACAAAAAAUCUUGUCCUUGCAACUAUGAGGGUGGGAAAGAGCUUCUGGAAUAUCUUCUCGGCCGAAGACCCACCAGCAAGAGGAAAAACCCCCGUCCCUUUGGAGAAGGGUGUGAGGAAAAAAAAAACUAUGGGGUGGCACUGCCUUUCCCCCACUUUCUCUCUUCUCUCCCCCCCCUUUUUUUCUAUAAACAAAAAAACGUCUCUUUAAUAAUGUUUCUCUUAACGGAGCGAUUAAAGCUGGAAGAGGAAUGUCGGCUGGAAUCUGCCAUGUACUUUCCUGGGGAGGGUUAGGAAAAUAAAAGAAAAAAGCAGGAUGGA